AAAUCUGCUAUAUAUGGAAAGUUUUGUAUUUAGUCGGCACACUUGCUUCUCCGUUAGAAGAUGUACUACGUCCUGAGUAGCCUACUGGCGGCAUCGCUAGUGUUGGGAACCUUUGGGCAAGCCAAUUUUAAUCUGCUGUCUGGUUAUGGAUAUAGUUACCUGCAGAAUCUUGGUUGGCCAGAUAUCGUCAGUCGUCAGUCCUUGCCCAUAGAUUUCAUUCAACAACACGUUGUAAGCAGUCCAAUACAGAUUUACCGACAUCUGAGUCAAUUUUGGCCGCAUCAGGGUGACACUGAGAAACCAACCUCUGUAGAACCGCAGGAGCGCAGCACUCAGAAUGACGAUUAUGAGAGAUCUCGAAAAAAGUAUCCGGAAUCUUUUCCGCCCCCUAUAUACACGCAUUCAUACUAUUAAUGAAAUCCAAGAAUAAUCGCCUUGAUGACCGGCAUUUCCGGUUUCAGUUAAACUCAACUCGUAGGUCACCUCUACUGGGGAUGUAGUCAUGCAACUUAAUUACGUCCGAUAAAAUUAACGGUAAAACAAACAACCGGCCUCUAAGACCAGCUGCCAUCAAGUAAUAUCUGCUUUUUGUUAAAUAAGUGGAAUAAAAGGGAUAUAUUUCUUUGAA